GCCCCCGGGGCGGGACUGGCUCGGCGGGCUGUCACUCGCGUGACGUCACCGCCCCGCCAGGAUGAGCGGGCAUACCGAGGUUAAAGUGAAAAUACCUUUUGGAAACAAAUACCUUGAUGCUAUCUUCUCUGUCCCAGAGAAGAAAUCAACAUAUGGAGUGAUUCUUACCCAUGGAGCUGGAGGAGAUAUGAAUUUCCCUCACUUACUGUCUCUGGCAGCCUACCUGGCAUCCCAUGGAGUUCAGUGCCUGCGGUUUACUUGUAAAAGCCUUAAUCUUGCUUACAGAACUAAGGCUUUCAAAACAGUUGUGGAAUACUUAAAACUUUCUGAUGAUUAUAAACUUUAUGGUGUCUUCCUUGCAGGCCGUUCCAUGGGCUCACGAGCUGCUGCCUCUCUGAUACGUCAGCUUAGCCAGAAUGAUGAUGGUGAUGACUUCAUUCGAGGUCUCAUAUGUUUAUCUUACCCACUGCAUCGACCAAAACUUCAGUCCAAGCUCCGGGAUGAAGAUUUAUUGUUUAUCAGGUGUCCAGUGCUGUUUGUCUCAGGAUCAGCAGAUGAGAUGUGUGAGAAACAAUUGCUAGAAGGUGUGGCAAGCAAAAUGAAAGCCCCUAAAAAAAUCCAUUGGAUUGAUAAAGCCAACCAUGGGAUGGCAGUCAAAGGACGAACAACAGACGAUGUCAUGGAAGAAAUAAAUGCCCAAGUUUUUUCAUGGCUUAGAGAGAAUGUUGAACUGGAGCACAAAUAAUUUGCAGUGUUUAUGCAGUAUCUUCAUAUAGUUUUUCCUAAAUAUGGCAAAGUAAGAGUUUAUUAUUUUUGAGAGGCGUAUUUUUUAAAACAUCUUCUUAGAGGUCUCAGUGCAAAUGCAAAUAAAGCUUUGUAUAAAUGAAAAAAAUAUGCAAAACAAUAAAGAACUUCUUGAAGGACAGAAAAUA